CUCUCUCUCUCUCUCUCUCCUCUUUUUCUCUGCACAUAGAGAGAUAUGGCUGUGAAUCAACUAGGCCUGGUUGUUCCAAUAUUUAGGAGUAGUGAGAUGGGGUAUACAGACAUGGAGAAGAGGCAGUUGUUUCUGAGAAGCUACCAGUUUAGCAGGAAGCAGAGUGUAACAGAGAGGAUGAAGAAGUCUUUCUUCAGAGUUAAACGGGUCAUCUGGGUCAGACUCAGAUCCGCCAGGAAGAUCCGGAAGAUGGUGUGGUUCAGGUUCAGAAAUGGGUUGUUUUUCAACAAUAGGAGAAAAAAGUUUUUCCUUCGCCUUCAGAACCACCAUAACUAUGGUGGGUCAACUGGCCUUUCUUGGCCUUCUUCUUGUUUCUGGUGCAGCUGUUUAAAGUUGAAGGCAUCUUCAAUAAAGGGUAGCCAG